UUCAGCGUUGCUUUGAGUUUUUGAACUUAAAGUGUAUAUAUUUUGUUUAUAUUCAUAAAUUAUGAAUUAAAUAUAUUAUAAUAUAGUAAUUUUUUGUUAUGUUUAAAUUAUAUGAAUAACCUAGAGUUAAUGUCAAGAAGUGUUAUGAUAAUAGACUUGUUAUAAGAUAUAAACAUGAUUUUAAAAUAUAUUCAAUGAUUUAAGUGAUCAGGAUGGUUGUUGGAUCCGCGAGUUAUCCAGGGAGGCAAGUGCUCCACAAAAUGCAGCCCAUGGGAAUGACCCCGCGCGAGUUGUCGGAGUACGACGACCUGGCGACGGCUCUCAUAAUCGACCCUUAUCUCGGAAUAACCACUCACAAAAUGAACAUCAGGUACAGACCGUUGAAAACGAACAAAGAGGAACUGAAGAAUAUCAUUAAAGAAUUCCUCCAGACUCAGGACUACAACAAGGCAUACUCCAAACUGGCUAAUGGUGAAUGGAUGCCGAGACAUUUCAGCAAGAAUAAACACCAGCAAAACAAACUAAGAGAACACAUUUACCGUUAUCUUAGAAUUUUUGACAAGAAGGCUGGUUUUGUUAUAGAACCUUGUUAUAGAUAUUCAUUAGAAGGAAGAAUUGGAGCUAAAAUUUCAACUACAAAAAAAUUUUUUAAGCAUGAGAGAAUCGACUUCCUAGUGGGUUGUAUCGCUGAGAUGACCGAGGAAGAGGAGAAGCAACUUCUUCAUCCAGGGAAAAAUGACUUUUCAGUUAUGUAUAGUUGUAGAAAAAAUUGUGCCCAGCUGUGGUUGGGACCCGCUGCUUAUAUAAAUCAUGACUGCAGGCCCACCUGUACCUUCGAAGCAACCGACCGGGGAAAGGCAUUUGUACGAGUGUUGAGGGAUAUAGAAGUUGGGGAAGAGAUAACCUGCUUCUACGGAGAAGACUUCUUUGGCAAUGGGAAUUGUUACUGUGAAUGUGAGACAUGUGAGAGACGAGGGAAGGGGGCAUUUUCGGUACAGAAUGCUCACAAUGACGAGCAGGCCACGAGGUACAGGUUUAGAGAAACUGAUAAUAGAAUAAAUAGGACUAAAGCAAAGCAAAUUCAAAAACCUGUGAACAGUAAAAACUCUGAAAAGUCAAUAGCGCCCGCAGGACAAGUCUCUACUAUAGUGUCUCCAUUGAGUAUGAAGGAAAUGAAGCAGAAGGGUUUGACGAAGUACGAUGCGGAGUUGUUAAUAGCACAAGGUUGCAUAGCGGACAUCAUGGACGGGAACGGUAAGAAGAACGCGCAAGGGAGCCGGGAGUCAUCGGCGUCCAGCCGCGGGGAGCGUCUCCGGCGGAGAGCGGACAGCAGUCGUCCUGUCAACGGCACCUCCACACACACACCCAGCGCCAGUCAGGCCGCUCAGUCGCGAUGUUGUAGCGUCACGAGCUCGUGUAGCAGUCGCGACUCGCAUUCUGGAAUAGUUUUAAGAAGUCACAGGCGUCUCACCGAGUCCAGUGUCCCCGCUGUCUGUUCGAAAGUAAGGAAUUCUUCGAAAGCCACAUCCGAAACCAAAAUUUGCCGAAAUCACAGCACGCCAAAAACAGAACCAGAUUUACCAGAGCCGGAAGUGGAUACACAGCCGGUGAAAAUGGAACCUCCGCAGGAACACGAGGAGGUCACGCACGACCCGGAAACACACAUAGAAACUAGGAGUGGCGAUGAAGCUGCAAUCACGGGCGAGGAAUGCCACAAGAAUGAAUCUCCGCUGCAAGCAACAGAGACACCUCCCCGAGGAAAUGUAAAGACGGACACCGAGGACACAGAGCCCGCGGAGAAGCGGCUCGGAGAGAGCAAGUGUGUGGGCGAAGACGCGUGCAUCAGCGAGAGUUGUGACUUUAGAGAAAACGUGAACCCGAGCGAGGCGAAGGAGAGUAAGGCAGUGAAACAGAAAGCGGAUGUGGCAAGGAGCGACGAGAACAAGAAGGAGUGCGAGGGCCAAUGGCUGGCGGACAAGUCCAACUGCGGCGGAGAGUGUCCCUGCACCCCGCCCAGGAGGGGCCUGAAGUUGACGCUCAGGGUGAAGAGGAGCCCCGUGGUGGAGGAGGAGGUGCCCGAGUACGAGGUGCUGCGGCUGGAGGGCGUCGACCCCGACACGGCCCGCCGCCUCAAGAAGAGACGCCGCUCCAAGGAACGACGGAAACACAGCCCCGUCCGCCCGCUGCCUCCCAUGAAGCGACUCAGGUUGAUCUUCGGCAACGAGAGCCGCACCAUCGACCUCCCGCCCGCCCUCACGGCAGACUGACCUCGUUUCCACCGUUCGUAUUCUCUUAUUAGUUUAAUUCUCACUGACUAGGAUUAUUUUUAUCUACUAUUUAUUUCGUGACGUGAUGUUCGAAUUCGAGUAUUGUGAUAGUUUGAAACUUACAAACCGACGACGAGACGCGAGGAGCCCGGGGGCUUCGGAUCGGAAUCAUUCAAACGUUGUUCAGCUUUAAUCAGUGUGUCGUGAGUUUCCGUUUUGAUAUACGCAUGUGAAGAGGUGGAGGAGUCGCGAGUCGGACGAAGACAGCGCAGAACAAAACGGACUGCCGGAAUUACUCACUAGUGUAUACUGUUAGACACAGCAUGAGCCGUUCGAAGAAACGACUGGUAUCGAGCUUUAAGACACAGGAAGACAGGAAGCGGCGUCACGUGCGACGCUACCAUCCACUGUGGAAGGAUAGUGCGACCUCUUAUAAAGUAAUUCCGGCCUAAAGGAAUACAAGUUACUGAGAUCGACCUUCACUUUACUGUAAAUGAUGCGCAUGCCCCACUGACGCACUCACCCUGUACCAUACAGGGCAACAAGAAACGUCGGAGGGACGACGGUGGCGCCCUCUAACAUUCCAAUAAACACAUCCCUGACUUGAACCUAGAAGCCGAUAUAUACGUAAGAGUAGGACAGCAUGCAAUUAAUUUAUUCUCUGCUAAUUAUGACCGAUGGAAGCGGCCGUUAACAAAAAAAUUAAAUAUAGAUGGAAAGAUAACGCAUAGUGCACCGAGUCCGUGGACACGACACGCCUCUCCGAGCAGACGGGGCGGGCGGUCGCUGGGCUCAAAUAAAAAAGACAAAGGAAAUUAGAGGCACCGUAGGAGUAUCAGAGUGAUGGUGAACGACAACGCGCGGAGUCGGCUCGCGGACGGAACGAUGCGCAUCAUUUACUACUGUCUGUAAUAUACUUGUUGGAGAUGUAUGGGCCGGUCGGGAGACUGGCUUUUGUGAUAUUCCCAUACGGAAUAGUGUAUGUAAAAAUUCAAUUUAGUGAAAUAAUUGCAUCUUGUUAUCAAGUUAGUCUAUGAAUAUUUUCAUUUAAUUAUGAUAAUAAAAUGCCUCAACACACGA